CGGUCACAACACUCGUCUCAGCAAACAUCUAAAUUUUAGUCCCUCCCGUGUUUUUUUCUAUUAUCUUAAGUACCAUGAACAGCUUUGCCGUGUUUUUGGCGUUCGCCUUGGCAGCCGUUGCCGUUGCCGAACCACCAUCCGGAUAUAACUACAACCGGCCAUCCUCGGGCGGUCACGGUGGUAGCGGCGGCUACAGCCACGGUGGUGGUGGUGGCGGCGGUGGUUACUCGAGCGGCGGUUACUCAAGCGGUGGCGGCUACUCGAGCGGCGGUGGCGGCGGCGGAUAUGCCGUCAGCGGUGGAUCCUUCUCCAGCUCGGGCUCGUUCAGCAGCGGCGGUGGUGGCGGGUACCAGGCCGUUCCGGCCGGAGUCCAAACCUCCGAGGGACUGAACGUCGAUCCCCAGCUGUUGAACGAAAUCCGUCAGAUUCUGUUGCGUGAAGAGAGCCAAUCGUCGUCAUCGUCAUCCGGUGGUGGCUAUCCGUCGGCUCCUUCCGGUAGCUACGGUGCCCCAUCCGGCUCGUACGGACCACCUUCCUCGACCUAUGGCGUCCCAUCGUCCGGUGGCUACUCGUCGCGCGUGGUCGGCAUCGAUCUGGAGGGAGUGAAGCAGGCCAUCCAGGUCGCCCAGUUCCUGCAGACCUCGUCCGCCUCGAUCCCGUCCGGCUCGUACGGUGCUCCGUCGGUUCCGUCCGGUUCGUACGGUGCUCCGUCCCGUCCCCAGAUCCCAUCGGGCUCGUACGGUGCUCCCUUCUAAGUUUGUGCCACCCACCCCAAUGGGAACGCAAACACAAGUAGAGAGAUCAGUAGAGUAGAAGAUAGUAGACAGAGCCCCCGAACGAUGAAACGAUCUUGGAAAAUGGACCGGAAAACCUGACAACGCCCCCAGCCCCCAAAAACCCGCGCAAAUGCAUGUGAAGAAUGGAAAAAAAACAUGGAAAAAAACACGCAGCAAACAACAUCAUCGCCCCCCACAAAUCAACUGCGAGCGAGGAGUGUCCUCAUACAUACAUACACACACACACACCAGCGCACUUGUGCGUGUGCCCCGCGAUUGGGACAGCAAAAAGGCACCAGCUCGGUGCGCACCCUGGGACAUCGGUUGGCGCAGGAUCUGCGGUGAUCCUUGGUGAUCCUUUGGACAAGUGUGUGUGUGUGCGUGUGUGUGAGAACGUGUGUUGUCCGUGCGCUUGCUGCACUCCGUGUGACCGUCCCUCCAAGGAUUCAUCAUUCUGCACUCUGCGAUCAUCUGGACCUGCGAGAGCAAAAUGGUGGUCCCCUGAGAACCCCCCCGCCUAAAGAUCGAACAACAACAACACGAUCGUUGUUAAGCGCCACUAUACCGUGCGCACCAAUAACCGUGGACCACCAGUUUGUCUCUUGCAGGAGCAAUCCGCUAGCAAAGUGCAGCAAAGUAGAAGGAUCCCGUCGGAACGGUCACUGCGGUUGGUAGCUAUCGUCUAUCCCCCGUCCACCAUCCGCAUGGACUAGCGCAGGGACACGCACGUGUGAUCAGAGAUUGUUAACCCGUCUCCUAUUCUCCCUCCUGUUUUUCCGUGUAAAUAUCUCUCUCUCCUUUGUCCUAGUUUUCAUUUUGUUGUAGGCAUAGCUGCGCCGCUGCUCCACUCCAAGCGCAGCGCAGUAACUGUAACCGAGAAAAAAUCUA